UAAACCCCCUUCCCCUCCCUCCAAAAUCUAGCCAUUUCCUCUCGCCCCCAAUGGCGACGGCUCUCCUUCGAAUCCCUCUCUCCCCAAACCCUAACGCUAAAUUCCCUCUCAUAACCCCGUCUUUUUCCCGCCAUCCCCGCCGUCGCCGGCGACUUCUCCGCCCACUAGCCGCCGUCGAGAUCCGCUCCCCAGCAGAUGAUCGCAAGCAAGCUCUUCAAAGCCCUCCCUCGAUUCUCCUCGACGUCAGCGGCAUGAUGUGCGGCGCAUGCGCCGCACGUGUCAGAUCGACCCUCUCCUCCGACUCCCGCGUCGACUCGCCGUUCGUCAACGUGCUGCGGAUUACGGCGGCGGUGAAGCUGAGUCAGUCUGUGGCGGAGGAGCUCGCCGGGAAGUUGACGGCGUUAGGGUUUCCGUCGAAGAGGAGGAGGUUAGGGUUUGGGGUUGUGGAGAAUGUGAAGAAGUGGAAGGAAAUGAAGGAAAGGAAGGAGGAGUUGCUGAAUCGGAGCAGGAAUCGUGUGGCGUUCGCGUGGACGCUUGUGGCUUUGUGCUGCGGUUCGCACGCUUCGCAUCUGCUUCAUUCUGUUGGGAUCCAUGUCGCACAUGGGCCUUUUUGGGAUAUCUUGCACAACUCUUAUCUGAGAUGUGGUAUUGCGGUGGUUUCUUUGCUUGGUCCUGGUAGAGAUUUGCUAGUUGAUGGCCUCAGUGCUUUCACUAAAGGAUCACCAAAUAUGAACUCUCUUGUUGGAUUUGGAUCAAUUGCCGCAUUCCUUAUCAGUGCAGUAUCAUUAUUAAACGCUGGGCUUGAAUGGGAAGCAUCCUUUUUUGAUGAACCGGUCAUGCUCCUCGGUUUUGUGCUUCUGGGCCGUUCUCUUGAAGAAAGUGCUAGGCUCAAGGCCUCUAGUGACAUGAAUGAACUUCUAUCACUUGUAUCGUCUAAGUCAAGAUUAAUAAUUACCUCCUCUGAAGAUGCUCCUGCAACUGACAGUGUCUUGAUGGCCGAUUCAAUUAGUGUUGAAGUCCCCAUUGACGAUGUUCGUGUUGGAGACUCGGUCUUGGUUUUUCCUGGGGAGACUAUCCCUGUUGAUGGUAAAGUUAUUGCAGGAAGAAGUGUUGUUGAUGAAUCCAUGCUCACAGGAGAAUCUCUGCCAGUAUUCAAGGAAAGAGGCUUACAUGUUUCUGCAGGAACGAUUAAUUGGGAUGGUCCUCUGAGGGUUGAAGCAUCUACAACUGGUGCUACGUCAACAAUCUCUAAAAUUAUUCGCAUGGUUGAGGAUGCGCAGUCUCAUGCAGCACCUAUUCAGAGGCUAGCAGAUUCAAUUGCAGGGCCUUUUGUGUACAGUGUGAUGACAGUGUCUGCUGUAACAUUUGCUUUCUGGUAUUACGUUGGAACGAAUAUCUUCCCAGAUGUGUUGCUAAAUGAUAUUGCAGGUCCUGAUGGAAACUCAUUGGUCCUGAGCUUGAAACUUUCUGUGGAUGUACUAGUAGUAUCCUGUCCCUGUGCACUGGGGCUUGCAACUCCUACAGCUAUCUUAGUCGGAACCUCUUUAGGGGCUAAACAAGGACUUCUUGUAAGAGGAGGUGAUGUUUUGGAACGUUUGGCUGGGAUUGACACUGUCGCUCUUGACAAAACAGGGACACUUACGGAAGGAAAACCUACUGUUACUGCUAUGGCUUCCUUCACUUAUGAUGAAAAUGAGAUUCUUCGGCUAGCUGCUUCAGUGGAGAAAACAGCAUCCCAUCCCAUUGCUAAAGCUAUCUUAAGUAGAGCAGAACUAAUGGAUUUGAAACUCCCCAGUACAAGAGGUCAGUUAACGGAGCCUGGUUUUGGUGCCUUAGCGGAAGUUGAUGGUUCUUUGGUAGCAGUUGGUACAAUGGAUUGGGUUUACGAGCGUUUUCAGAGGAAAACAACACAAUCUGAGCUGGUGGAUCUAGAGAAUCAUAUAGCACACCUUUCAUCUGAAAUGAUGUUCCCAUCAAACCAAUCACUUUCGGUAGUUUAUGUUGGACGAGAAGGAGAAGGAAUAAUUGGUGCUAUAGCAAUAUCAGAUGUCCUCCGUCCUGACGCCAAAUCCACAGUUUAUAGGCUUCAGGAGAAGGGAAUUAAAACAAUCCUAUUAUCAGGUGACAGGAAAGAGGCAGUGGCAAAUGUUGGCAAGAUCGUUGGAAUUGAAGAUGAAAGUAUAAAGGCAUCUCUAACUCCACAACAGAAAUCAAGCAUCAUAUCGAGUUUGCAGGCUGAGGGGCAUCACGUAGCAAUGAUUGGGGACGGAAUAAAUGAUGCACCGUCCCUGGCACUUGCGGAUGUUGGAGUUGCUUUACAAAUAGAAGCAAAAGAGAAUGCCGCAUCUGAUGCAGCAUCAGUACUUCUUUUGGGAAACAGGCUUUCUCAGAUAGUAGAUGCUCUAACCCUAGCCCAAGUGACGAUGUCAAAAGUUCGUCAGAAUUUGGCAUGGGCUGUGGCAUAUAACAUCGUCGCCAUCCCCAUUGCUGCAGGGGUAUUGCUUCCACAUUUUGACUUUGCCAUGACACCAUCACUUUCUGGAGGAUUGAUGGCCAUGAGCUCUAUCUUCGUUGUCACCAACUCAUUGCUUCUAAAGCUGCACAAGUCUUCCACGCAGAAAGGAACGGCACACUAAUGGACAGGAUCUCUAUACUUGAGGUAGGAAUUUUAUGUUAGCCCUCGCUAGAAUUCCGGAUGAUUUUACUUUCUGGCAAUAAUCGAACUUGCCUUCUUGAAGAAUGAUAUUGUUUAACUUGCCUUCUCAAAGCAUGAUAUUGUAUAUCGUUCCAUUUGAGAGUUGUUUCACUGAUAAUUUAUUCUUAUAAAGCAUCUGUAACUUCACUAUAAAAUUAAACCAUUUAUAUGAUUUGCAGCAUCACACAA